AUGAAGUUCAAUCCCUUUGUGAUUUCUGACCAAAGCAAGAAGCGCAAAAGGCAUUUCAAUGCACCUUCCCACAUUCACAGGAAGAUUAUGUCUUCCCCUCUUUCCAAAGAGCUGAAACAGAAAUACAAUGUUCGAUCCAUGCUCAUCAGAAAGGAUGGUGAAGUUCAGGUGGUUUGGGGACACUAUAAAGGUCAGCAAAUUGGCAAAGUAGUCCAGGUUUACAGGAAGAAAUAUGUCAUCUACAUUGAAUGGAUGCAGUGGGAAAAGGGUAAUGGCACAACUGUCCAUAUGGGUAUUCACCCCAGCAAGGUGGUUAUUACUAGGCUUAAACUGGACAAAGACAGCAAAAAGAUCCUUGAACAGAAAGCCAGAUCUCACCAAGUAGGAAAGGAAAAAGGCAAGUACAAGGAAGAAACAAUUGAGAAGAUGCAGGAAUGA